GAGGCGUUCUCGGUCCGAAGAUCGCAUGAACCUUAUGCCUGCCCUCUACCCUGGACGGUGUUCAAUUUGACCUAUUAAAUAAAAGAAGGUGUCACUGUUACAGCAACUGACAUAAUAAAGUAACUGAUAGACGGUCAUUAUGAAUGUUGCAGGCAAAGUGGCGUUAAUCACCGGUGCUGCCGAGGGAUUUGGAAAAGCUUUUACACAAGCACUUUUAAAGAAGCAGAUCAAGGCUGUCGGCAUUUUAGAUGUUCAGCGAACAAAAGGGGAAGCAACAUUAAAAGAACUGGCCAAUGAAUAUGGUGAUGAAAAAUUGUCCUUCAUACAGUGUGACGUCACCGAUAAACAACAGUUUGAAGGAGCUUUCAGUGAAGUCAAGAACCGAUUUGGACAAAUCGAUAUAGUUUGUAACAAUGCUGGAAUUGGUGAUGAAGAGAACUGGGAGAAGAUGGUCGAAAUUAAUCUGACAGCAGUUAUUAGAGGGAGUCACUUGGCAACUGAGUAUAUGAGUAAAGCAAAUGGUGGCACAGGAGGUGUUAUUGUAAAUGUCGCUUCAAUGGCUGGAAUUGUAUCUGUACCAUUCUCACCUGUUUAUGCUGCCACAAAACAUGCAGUAGUGGGUUUAAGCCGAAGUCUAGCGGGUAACCCGACGAUCAGGACAAACAGUAUACGAGUUAAUGCUCUCUGUCCGUCAUUUGCUGAUACUGCUAUCAUCAAACUCUCGCGACCGUAUGGAGUAACCAAGGAAGAUUUAACAAAAUCAAUUAGUAAAUUCAGAAUUCUACCAGUAUCUAUUGUCGCAGAGGCGUUUAUGAAGUUGAUUGAAGAAGAUCAUACUGGCCAAGUCAUGCGCGUAACAGAUGCUAACGGAAUAGACCUCCAAAAAUACAAAGAAAUACAAAUAUAAAUUGUUAAAAAAAAUGUCCACAUUGUUCAAUUCGAUAGUUGUCUUUCUGAACAGUACUAUACAGAUAUGAUCAAUGUGACGUGUAGCGUGUCAUAAAUUUACUGAAAUACAAAUAUAAAUUGUUUAAAAAAAUGUCCACAUUGUUCAAUUCGAUAGUUGUCUUUCUGAACAGUACUAUACAGAUAAGAUCAAUGUGACGUGUGGCGUGUCAUAAAAUUACCGAUAGUAUAGAUUGAACCAUAACUGAAUCAAACUAUGAGCAUGGAAUAAAUGACAGCAUUUCAGCAUGUUA